GAUGAGUGGCAGCAGCCAUAGCACCAGCCUACUUCGGGGCCGCCGCUUCUACUGCCGGGAAUGGGCCCUGGAAAAGCUUGGGCGCUGUCUAGAGGCCAGGUCCACUCCCGGCCGGCCCCUGGGGGUCCUGGUGACUGGGGGGCCCGGGGCAGGGAAGACAGCCCUAUGCACAGAGGCAGUAUGGCCCACAUCGGACGCAGGGCUUGGGUUGGCACCACGCUGUUUGGGGUUUCACUUCUGCCAGCGGGAGGACGGGAGGAGCCUGGCGGUGUGGAGGUUUGUCCUGGGCUUGGUGGAUCAGCUGAGGGUCAGCCCCCUCCUCCCCAUGGGGUACAGGGACACACUGGACACCCCCUUGGUGGCUCCCACCUUGGAGCCCCUACACUGCCAGAGGGACCCGGAUGACACCUUCAAAAGGGCAGUGUUAUUGCCUUUGCUGGGCCUCACUCCCCCAGGGCAGCCCUUGUUUCUGGUUGUGGACUCCCUGGACUCGGGGUUUGAGUAUGGGGCCGGUGAGGGGUCCUCCAGUGCUGGGGCUCCAGGGAGGAACAACUCUAUCUCAGAGCUCCUGUCCAGCCACCAGCACCUCUUCCCCAGCUGGCUGCUCCUGGUCUGCUCUGUCCGCAGACAGAACAAGGCUGUGUGUAAGAUGUUCUCAGGUUUCCGUAAGCUGUGUCUGGACGACCUGCGGAAGCCGGCCCCAGUGCGUGACGUACAGCAGUACAUCUUGCGGAGGCUGGACCAGGAAGGGGCGCUCCGCCGUCAGCUGACCCCCGAGACAGCCGACAUGCUCAACCUGCUGCACAUCAAGAGUGGGGGCUGCUUCCUGUUUCUGGAACGCGUUCUAGACGGCGUGGCGGGGGCCUUGGUGGGUCUCCGGGAGAUCCGAGACAUCCCCGGGACCCUCAACGGCCUCUACCUGUGGCUCUGCCAGAGACUCUUCCCCAGGUGCCUGUUCCUUGAGGUUAGGCCCCUCCUCAAUGCCCUCCUGGCCUCCCCUAGGCCCUUCACCACCCAGGAGAUCUACACCGCCACCUGGACCCAGGACAUGUCCCUCAGCCCUAUGGACUUCCAGAGCAGGCUGAAGGCUCUGUCUACGCUGCUUAUCGACGGGCCGGGAGGCAGCAAGCUCCUGUUCCACGCUAGUUUUGCAGAGUGGCUGACGGACGUGAAGUACUGCACCCAGAAGUACCUGUGUAGCGUGUCUGAGGGACACACCAUGCUGGCCAUGGCUCUCACCCUGCACGCCCCACACCUUAACACAGAGGACACCUGUCAGAUGGGCUCGCACCUGAUCAGCUCAGGCAUGCACAAGGACAAACCUGCCCUCCUGGCCCUAUGGCUGUUGUGGGCAGAUGUGCCCCCUUUGGCUAGCUCCUCAUACCCCUCUUCCCGUGCCUCUCAGCCCCCUGUCCUGGUCAAGCAGGAGGUCCUCCAGCUGCUGAUGAAGAGUGGGGUGUUCCCUCCCUCCUGCGCCCCAGACAGAGGCCCCAGCACGGGGGUACACUGUGCAGGACAAGGGGGGACCAUCAUCCGGCGGGUGCUGGAGAGGCAGGACUCAAUGAGGGUGCUCUUGGACAGCGGGGUCAGUGUGAACCGGACCGACCCCACAGACGGACGCACCAUGCUGGCCAGCGCGGCUCACGCAGGCUCAGCCGACGUUGCCAUCCUGCUCCUGUCCCGAGGGGCUGACCCUUUGAUCAGUGACCACCAGGGCCAGACACCCCUGACGCUGUCUGCCAGGCAGGGCCAUGUUAAGGUGCUGGGGAUGCUGCUGGACUGGGCCAGGGGUCAGCAGCCAGAGGCCGCCGUGAGGAUGGUGGAACACGCGGACAGCGAGGGCUGGACAGCCUUACGGUCUGCGGCCUGGGGGGGUCACACUGAGGCAGUGCACCUGCUGCUAGAUGCGGGGGCGGACGUGGACGGGUGUGAUGCGGAGGGCCGGUCGGCGCUGAGGGCGGCAGCCUGGGGGGGUCAUGAGGAGAUCCUCCUCACACUGCUGGACUACAGAGCGCAGGUGGACAUGGCAGACCGGGAGGGCCGCACGCCGCUGAUCGCUGCCGCCUACAUGGGACACAGGGAGGCAGUAGAGAUCCUGCUAGACCACUGUGCGGAGGUCGACCUGGCCGAUGGAGACGGACGUACUGCCCUGUCCGUGGCUUCCCUCUGUGUGCCCACAGCAGCCGGGGUCAAGGGUUAUGGAGACGUGGCCAGCCUGCUGUUGGAGAGAGGGGCUGACCCGGGGCACAGGGACCGGAAUGGGAUGACCCCUCUGCUGCUGGCGGCGUAUGAAGGUCACGAGGAGGUGGUAGAACUGUUAUUAGAGGCUGGGGCCGACGUAGACGAGAGCGCCGGGCCACAUGCCGCCGCCGCUUCUGCUGCUGUCACCCCACUGUUGGCGGCAGCCGCCAUGGGCCAUACUAAGACAGUGGGCAGGGUGCUGUUCUGGGGCGCUACGGUGGAUAGCAUCGAUGGGGAGGGUCGUACAGCUCUGAGCCUGGCAGCAGCACAGGGCAGCGUGGAGGUGGUCAGAGCUCUCCUGGACCGAGGGCUGGAUGAGAACCAUAAAGAUGAUCUGGGCUGGACCCCACUGCACGCCGCCGCCUGCGAGGGCCACCGGGGGAUAUGUGCCAUCCUGAUGGAGAGUGGGAGCAUGGCUCGUGUCGGAGAGAUGGACAUCGAGGGACGGACGCCCCUCAUCUUGGCUGCGCAGGAGGGCCACUGUGGCACGGUGAGGCUGCUGCUGGACCACCGUUCACCCAUUGACCACCGGGCGUACGACGGCCACUCUGCGCUGAGCGCCGCCGCCCUCGAGGACCACGCUGAGGUGGUGGAGCUACUGAUGAGGCGGGGCACCGACACGGACGUACGGGACGCAGAGGGCCGUCCACUGCUCUACCUCCUGGUCCUGGAGGGACAUCUGGACAUGGCUGCCCUCCUCAUAGAGAAAGGGGGCGUGCCCUUGGAGUCCCGGGACAUGGAGGGGCGUACAGCGCUGCACGUGGCCACCUGGCAGGGCAACCUGGAGGCGGUGGGGCUGCUGGUGAGCCAUGGGGCGGACCCUAAUGCCCAGGAUGGGGAGGGACGACCCCCCCUGCACUCUGUAGCCUGGCGGGGUCAUGUGGCGCCUGGUCGUCUGCUGCUGGAGGUCAGGGGGGUCAACGUGGAUCUGGCCUGCAGACAGCAGGGGGCCACGGCACUGAGCAUCGCGGCUCAGGAGGGCCACGCCAACAUCGUUGCCAUGCUACUGGAGGGAGGGGCCAACCCAGACCACGUAGACAAGUACGGCCGCAGCCCCGUCAAGGUAGCCGGAAAGCGGGGCCACUUCACCAUCGUCAGGAUGCUGGAGAGCUACGGAGCCAAACCGUUCUCAAGCCUUCUGCCCCAAUCGAACACCCGGUCACCCAAGUCAUCCACUGUGAAGAGCCUGUACUCAACCUGCUCAGAGAGUAACGAGGCUAGCGUCUCCACCUCCUCAGCCUCGGCCUCCUGCUCCCCAGGCUCCACAGCCGAGCAUUUCCACUCCAACCACAGCUCCCAGACAUCCUCCUCCACAGCCCACUCCCUGGCCACGGUGCAGACCGUCCCUGCUGACAGCCUGUCCUUCACCCAGCAGAUCCAGCAGCACUCCCUCCCCCGCAGCCGAUUUGGCCAUUCCACCCUGCCUCCGCCAGAAUCCGCUCAUGGUAGCCUGCACAGCAGCAGCCGCAGGGCCCAGUGCUCUAAGGACAGCCCUCCUCCGCCCACCCUCUGCACAGUCACGGCCACGGUACAUGACUCUGAGCAGCCUUGCAAAGGCUACCCAAUAGGAUUCGACUAUCCCAGUAAACACAAACCUCCCAGCCUGAUCCAGGAGGAGAGGUCUCAGUACGAAGGGGGGAGGUGGAACUCUGUUAUGGCUUCUCUAGGGGUGACGCCUGGACAAGAUGGCCCCAAAAACAGGAACUGCCUCCCUAUGGGCUACCCUUACGAGCUCCAGAGCCCGGCCCAGAGAGAGACACGGGAGGAGAACCAGAAGAUGUCUAUAAAGUCCAGUAGUGCCUUAUCUGCUGCCUGCAUGGUGGUCAUGACGACCACGGACCCCCAGCUCAACCUGAAACAGGCCAUCAAGCUGCAGUUUGAAGGGCCCACCAGCGCUGCCUUAUACAAAAGAGAGACACCCCUGUGAACUACUGACACCUACGGUUCUAAGUGGACGAGGUACAUUUUCACAGUGAAUAAUGGCUCUUACAGGGCAGAUGAUCUCUCCACUCCACCGUCUGGUCGUCCCACCCUCUCCGCUCACUCUCAGCAGAGAAGAUGAGAGAGGAAGGGAUCUCUCCACUCCACCCUCUGGUCAUCCCACCCAAGGCUGUAACUAGGGUUUUGAGUUUAAGUACGGUUCUGGAAGGGUGAAGCUCAUUACCUUGAAAUGCUAUUUGGAGAGCAACCCAUCAUUAACCCCUCGGCUGCUUCAUUCACCUCAGGCCAUCUGCAAACACCUAGCCCAUUAGCUAUACAGUUGUAAUGUGAUACCUCUGAAAGGGGGGAGAUAUGAGAAAUUAUUCACACUGACACGUAGCAUCAGCGACAAACUGAAAAUGUCUGACGUUUUUAGAGUUAUGUUGGUUACAUUUUAAUGUUGGACGAUAUGGAAGAAAGGCCAUGUGGAGACGUUCAUAUUUAUUUUUUGCUUGUUCGAUAAGGGCUAGUACAGAUUUUCUCAUGGGGCCCCUGACCCCAAGUUUGGGAACCACUGUACUAACCUCUCUGUCUGCCUCCUCUUCUUCUUUCUCCUGAAUGCAUUGUAGUCUGCCUCAGCCUCACCACUGAGUGCCACAUCACUAUCUGUCUCAGUAGCCUGCUCUCUUUAAAGUAAAGUUACUAUGAAAACUUAGUAGCCUAUUUUUUGCUCCUGAUGAGGUAGGCUUUGUUUAAUGUUAGCUUCUUACUUCAUCUUUCUAGGUGGCUCAGUAAUACAAGCCAGACGCCUUCAACGUUACUGCCGGCAGACUGACAGAUCUAUAAGCGACAAUUUAUCAGUUGUGCACUCAUUCUCUGACAGACGGUUUUUGUUUGUUAGUCUUUAGACAUGACAGGAGUCACGGGACUGUUCUAACAUGGACAGAGACAGAGACAGACCAGAGACAGACCAGAGAUGGAGACAGAGACAGAGACAGAGACAGACCAGAGACAGACCAGAGACAGACCAGAGACAGACCAGAGACAGAGACAGACCAGAGACAGACCAGAGACAGAGACAGACCAGAGACAGAGACAGACCAGAGACAGAGACAGACCACAGACAGAGACAGACCAGCGAUGGAGACAGAGACAGAGACAGACCAGAGACAGACCAGAGAUGGAGACAGAGACAGAGACAGACCAGAGACAGAGACAGACCAGAGACAGACCAGAGACAGACCAGAGAUGGAGACAGAGACAGAGACAGACCAGAGAUAGAGACAGACCACAGACAGACCAGAGAUGGAGACAGACCAGAGACAGAGACAGACCAGAGACAGAGACAGACCAGAGACAGACCAGAGACAGACCAGAGAUGGAGACAGAGACAGACCAGAGACAGACCAGAGACAGACCAGAGAUGGAGACAGACCAGACACAGAGACAGACCAGAGACAGAGACAGACCAGAGACAGAGACAGACCAGAGACAGAGACAGACCAGAGAGACAGACCAGAGACAGAGACAGACCAGAGACAGACCAGAUAUGGAGACAGAGACAGACCAGAGACAGACCAGAGACAGAGACAGACCACAGACCAGAGAUGGAGACAGACCAGAGACGGAGACAGACCAGAGACGGAGACAGACCAGAGACAGAGACAGACCAGAGACAGACCAGAGAUGGAGACAGAGACAGAGACAGACCAGAGACAGAGACAGACCAGAGACAGACCAGAGACAGAGACAGACCAGAGACAGACCAGAGAUGGAGACAGACCAGAGACAGACCAGAGACAGAGACAGACCAGAGAUAGAGACAGACCAGAGACAGACCAGAGAUAGAGACAGACCAGAGACAGACCAGAGACAGAGACAGACCAGAGACAGAGACAGACCAGAGACAGAGACAGAGACAGACCAGAGACAGAGAUAGAGACAGAGACAGACCAGAGACAGAGACAGAGACAGACCAGAUAUGGAGACAGAGACAGAGACAGAGACAGGCCAGAGACAGAGACAGACCAGAGACAGACCAGAGACAGAGACAGACCAGAGACAGAGACAGACCAGAGACAGAGACAGACCAGAGACAGAGACAGACCAGAGACGGAGACAGACCAGAGAUAGAGACAGACCAGAGACAGAGCAGAGACAGACCAGAGACAGAGACAGACCAGAGAUGGAGACAAACCAGAGACAGAGACAGACCAGAGAUGGAGACAGACCAGAGACAGACCAGAGACAGACCAAAGAAAGACCAGAUAUAGAGAUAGACACAGACCAAAUUCAGACCAGAGACAGACCAGAGACAGAGACAGACCAGAGAUAGAGAUAGACACAGACCAGAGACAGACCAGAGACAGACCAGAGAUAGAGAUAGACACAGACCAAAUUCAGACCAGAGACAGACCAGAGACAGACCAGAGACAGACCAGAGACAGACCAGAGAUAGAGAUAGACCAGAGACAGACCAAAGACAGACCAGAGACAGACCAGAGAUAGAGAUAGACACAGACCAAAUUCAGACCAGAGACAGACCAGAGACAGACACAGACCAGAGACAGAGACAGACCAGAGACAGACCAGAGACAGACCAGAGAAAGACCAGAGACAGAGACAGACCAGAGACAGAGGCAGACCAGAGGCAGACCAGUGAUAGAGACAGACCAGAGACAGAGACAGACCAGAGACAGACCAGAGAAAGACCAGAGACAGACCACAGACAGAGACAGACCAGAGACAGACCAGAGACAGACCAGUGAUAGAGACAGACCAGAGACAGAGACAGACCAGAGACAGACCAGAGACAGACCAGAGACAGACCAGAGACAGACCAGUGAUAGAGACAGACCAGAGACAGACCAGAGACAGACCAGUGACAGACCACAGACAGAGACAGACCAGAGACAGACCAGUGAUAGAGACAGACCAGAGACAGACCAGUGAUAGAGACAGACCAGUGAUAGAGACAGACCAGAGACAGACCAGAGGUAGACCAGAGACAGACCAGAGAAAGACCAGAGACAGACCAGAGACAGAGACAGACCAGAGACAGACCAGAGACAGACCAGUGAUAGAGACAGACCAGAGACAGACCAGUGAUAGAGACAGACCAGAGACAGACCAGUGAUAGAGACAGACCAGAGACAGACCAGAGACAGACCAGUGAUAGAGACAGACCAGUGAUAGAGACAGACCAGAGACAGACCAGAGGCAGACCAGAGACAGACCAGAGACAGACCAGUGAUAGAGACAGACCAGUGAUAGAGACAGACCAGAGACAGACCAGAGGCAGACCAGAGACAGACCAGAGACAGACCAGAGACAGAGACAGACCAGAGACAGACCAGUGAUAGAGACAGACCAGAGACAGACCAGAGACAGACCAGUGAUAGAGACAGACCAGAGACAGACCAGAGACAGACCAGUGAUAGAGACAGACCAGAGACAGACACAGACCAGAGACAGACCAGUGAUAGAGACAGACCAGUGAUAGAGACAGACCAGUGAUAGAGACAGACCAGUGAUAGAGACAGACCAGAGACAAAGACAGACCAGAGACAAAGACAGACCAGAGACAGACACAGACCAGAGACAGACCAGUGAUAGAGACAGACCAGUGAUAGAGACAGACCAGAGACAGAGACAGACCAGAGACAGACCAGUGAUAGAGACAGACCAGUGAUAGAGACAGACCAGAGACAGAGACAGACCAGAGACAGACCAGUGAUAGAGACAGACCAGUGAUAGAGACAGACCAGAGACAGACCAGAGACAGACCAGAGACAGACCAGUGAUAGAGACAGAGACAGACCAGUGAUAGAGACAGACCAGAGACAGACCAGAGACAGACCAGUGAUAGAGACAGACCAGUGAUAGAGACAGACCAGUGAUAGAGACAGACCAGUGACAGAGACAGACCAGUGAUAGAGACAGACCAGUGAUAGAGACAGACCAGUGAUAGAGACAGACCAGAGACAGACCAGUGAUAGAGACAGACCAGUGAUAGAGACAGACCAGAGAUAGAGACAGACCAGAGAUAGAGACAGACCAGAGAUAGAGACAGACCAGAGACAGACCAGUGAUAGAGACAGACCAGUGAUAGAGACAGACCAGUGAUAGAGACAGACCAGUGAUAGAGACAGACCAGAGAUAGAGACAGACCAGAGACAGACCAGAGACAGACCAGUGAUAGAGACAGACCAGAGACAGAGACAGACCAGAGACAGACCAGUGAUAGAGACAGACCAGUGAUAGAGACAGACCAGUGAUAGAGACAGACCAGAGACAGACCAGAGACAGACCAGUGAUAGAGACAGACCAGAGACAGAGACAGACCAGAGACAGACCAGUGAUAGAGACAGACCAGAGACAGAGACAGACCAGUGAUAGAGACAGACCAGAGACAGAGACAGACCAGUGAUAGAGACAGACCAGAGACAGAGACAGACCAGUGACACAUACUUGUCCCCUUUAGAAAGAAAGCCCUUAUUGAGUCCCCUCUGGUUUAAGGCUGUAUCUCUGUAGGCCCAACACAAGGCUGUGCGUUUCACCAGGGUUUGUUACUUAACCAAUCAUUAAUGGACUUCUUCAGAAGCAGAAACCAAACAUUUCUACUCUACGAUCAAAAGCCUUCAUAAAAUCCACCACAGUGGUGCAAUAGAGUAACAUACUCUAAUGAAAGGGCUCUUACUCAGACAAGACUAAAUGGGUAAGCAAACCCACAACAACCCACUCUCACGGGACUUAAGAUCGGUUUUAAUGCCGGAGCUCUUUUUCACACCCCUUUUUGUUUUCAAAUCAAUGAUUAUACUGUCUGUAUGAGGGCACUUACACUAGAUAUACAAAAGUAUGUGGACACCCCUUCAAAUUAGUGGAUUUGGCUAUUUCGGCCACACCCGUUGUUGACAGGUGUAUAAAAUAGAGUAUACCACCAUGCAAUCUCCAUAGACAAACAUUGGCAGUAGAAUGGUCUUACUGAAGAGCUAAGUGACUUUCAACGUGGCACCUUCAUAGGAUGCCACCUUUUCAACAAGUCAGUUUGUCAAAUGUCUGCUCUGCUAGAGCUGCCCCCCGGUCAACUGUAAGUGCUGUUAUUGUGAAGUGGAAACGUCUAGGAGCAACAACGGCUCAGCCGCGAAGUGGUAGGCCACACAAGCUCACAGAACGGGAACAUCGAGUGCAGCAGCGCAAAGAGAAUAAAAAUCCUCUGUCCUCGGUUUCACAUCUCACUACUGAGUUCCAAACUGCCUCUGGGAGCAACAUCAGCACAAGAACUGUUAGUCGGGGACUUCAGCAGUGUCACACACAAGCCUCAGAUCACCGUGCGUAACGCCAAACAUCGGCUGGAGUGGUGUAAAGCUCGCCGACAUUGGACUCUGGAGCAGUGGAAACGUGUUCUCUGGAGUGAUGAAUCACGCUUCACCAUCUGGCAGUCCGACGGACGAAUCUGGAAUUGGAAUGCACACUACGAGCCAGGCCUAAUCGCCCAACAUCAGUGCCUGACCUCACUAAUGCUCUUGUGGCUGAAUGGAAACAAGUCCCCACAGCAAUGUUCCAUCAUCUAGUGGAAAUCCUUCCCAGAAGAGUGAAGGCUGUUAUAGCAGCAAUGUUCCAUCAUCUAGUGGAAAUCCUUCCCAGAAGAGUGGAGGCUGUUAUAGCAGCAAUGUUCCAUCAUCUAGUGGAAAGCCUUCCCAGAAGAGUGGAGGCUGUUAUAGCAGCAAUGUUCCAUCAUCUAGUGGAAAGCCUUCCCAGAAUAGUGGAGGCUGUUAUAGCAGCAAUGUUCCAUCAUCUAGUGGAAAGCCUUCCCAGAAGAGUGGAGGCUGUUAUAGCAGCAAUGUUCCAUCAUCUAUUGGAAAACCUUCCCAAAAUAGUGGAGGCUGUUAUAGCAGCAAAGGGGGACCAACUCCAUAUUAAUGCCCAUGAUUUUGGAAUGAGAUGAUAGACGAGCAGGUGUCCAUAUACUUUUGUUCAUGUAGUGUGUCAUGCCUUGAUCUUUGUCUUUACUCUGACUAAUGUUUUGAAUCUGGGACAUGGCAGGUAUUGUGUUUACCAGCUUGGAUUCUGUCAACAUUUAUCUAUGGCUGGCCAAGCCAAACAAAUCAGCAGAAAACACAACUGGCCUGCCAAAGCCAGUAACACUGUUCAAAUGCUGCUGGGUUUAGACAUAAACCAACCAGCAGGCUCAAUUUUUUAUUUAUGUUGACCUUUAUUUAACCAGGCAAGUCAGUUAAGAACAAAUUCUUAUUUUCAAUGACGGCCUGGGAACAGUGGGUUAACUGCCUGUUCAGAACAACAGAUUUUUCAGCUCGGGGGUUUGAACACACUGAGUGACACUGUUGGAAUGGACUGCUAAUGAUGACUUGAAACAUAAAUACAGAAGAUAGAUUAAAAAGAGAGAGGAGAGAGAAAAUCGAUUAGAAAGUGAGAGAAGAUAGAUUAGAGAGAGAGAGAGAGAGAGAGAGAGAGAGAGAGAGAGAGAGAGAGAGAGAGAGAGAGAGAGAGAGAGAGAGAGAGAGAGAGAAAAUAGAUUAGAAAGAGAGAGAAGAUAGAUUGGGGAGAGAGAGAGAAAAUAGAUUAGAAAGAGAGAGACGAUAGAGUAGAGAGAGAAAAUAGAUUAGAAAGAGAGAGACGAUAGAUUGGAGAGAGAGAGAAAAUAGAUUAGAAAGAGGGAGACAAUAGAUUGGAGAGAGAGAGAGAAAAUAGAUUAGAAAGAGAGAGACGAUAGAGUAGAGGGAGAGAGAGAAAAUAGAUUAGAAAGAGAGAGACGAUAGAGUAGAGAGAGAGAGAGAAAAUAGAUUAGAAAGAGAGAGACGAUAGAGUAGAGAGAGAGAGAGAAAAUAGAUUAGAAAGAGAGAGACGAUAGAGUAGAGAGGAGAAAAUAGAUUAGAAAGAGAGAGACAGACAAUAGAUCAGAAAGACAGAGAAGAUAUGUUAGAAAGACAGAGAAGAUAGAUCAGAAAGACAGAGAAGAUAUGUUAGAAAGACAGAGAAGAUAGAUCAGAAAGACAGAGAAGAUAGAUCAGAAAGCGAGAGGAGAUAGAUCAGAAAGAGAGAGGAGAUAGAUCAGAAAGCGAGAGGAGAUAGAUCAGAAAGCGAGAGGAGAUAGAUCAGAAAGCGAGAGGAGAUAGAUCAGAAAGCGAGAGGAGAUAGAUCAGAAAGCGAGAGGAGAUAGAUCAGAAAGCGAGAGGAGAUAGAUCAGAAAGCGAGAGGAGAUAGAUCAGAAAGCGAGAGGAGAUAGAUCAGAAAGAGAGAGGAGAUAGAUCAGAAAGAGAGAGGAGAUAGAUCAGAAAGACAGAGAAGAUAGACCAAAAAGAGAGAGAAGCAGGGAUUGUAUCGCUAGCAAUUAAUAAAAAAUAAUGACCCGGCCUAAUUACUUCCCUUUGUGUUUUUGUAUUUUUCAUUUUGUUCAUAUUUAACGGCAUAAUGGCGUGAUUAAAAUUGCAGACGUGCCGUAAUUAAUAUCAAACACUGCUUGUGGUGGUGUGCCUUCAUUUGUGUGUGUGUGUGUGUGUGUGUGUGUGUGUGUGUGUGUGUGUGUGUGUGUGUGUGUGUGUGUGUGUGUGUGUGUGUGUGUGUGUGUGUGUGUGUGUGUGUGUGUGUGCGUGUGCGUGCGUGUGCGUGUGUGUGCGUGUGCGUGCGUGCGUGUGCACCCGUGGAAAGAGUCUGAGGUGUAAAAGAUAGAUUGUUUAUGUCACACAGACAGAUGAAAAGAGACAAAGGUUGCUCACAGGCCAAGCUAACAUCAGGUCAGGAAAACUCAGCUGCCAGUGAGAAUGAAAGAAAGAGAGAAAGAGAGGCCUCUAUUUCAACUAACCUAACGCAAUGGUAAAUCUAAGCGCAGGCGGUAAUGUUAUAUAGGUUCAAGGAUGCAUCAGAAUUGUUUUUUUUGUUGUUGCUAUUUUUAAUAUCACAUGUAUCGGUGCACGUGUUGACGUUGGUGAAAUUAAUAAACAACUUUGAAGAAUAUACAA